GGAAUAUGUUUUUCCUGAAUUGAAGUUCCGUUUUUUGCAAAAGAGAUGUUCUUCAAAGUUCCUGAUUUUCAUUCGUUCCCCCCUUCUUUCCUUUUUUUUAUUCAAAUUCAGGAGGCCGUCAUGAAACCGUUCGCCUCCACAGCUGUCAAUGAUCCUGGUAGAGGCACCUUGAUAUGUAAACGUCAGGGCCCAGAAACCCAAUUCGUUCGUAUUCAUGCGCAAUAUCCGUUGAAAUUUAUUCCUACAAAGGCAUAUGCCGAUCGUCUGGCAGUUGUAUAUAUGAUAUCCUACGGCGGAGGCAUUGUAUGUGGUGACCGAUUUGAUAUCACCAUGGAAAUUCAGCCGGAAGCGAUCCUACUGUUGAUGACUCAAGGAAAUACCAAAGUGUUCCGGGAUCGUGUUCAUCAGCGACAAUGGUUGGCCAAGAUUGCCCAACAAGCGAGACCAUCCUUGCCAUUCUCUUCAUUGCUUCCUCCCACGCCUCCUUCUUCGCCGAGUUCCAAUACUGACGGUGCUUCCCUUCAGCUUAUCGAAGCAACUGUGGCUUCUUCUGCCACUCUUCUGAUUAUGCCCGACCCUGUCACCUCAUUCCGCGAUUCCUCUUUCAAAUCGCACCAAGCAUACCGUUUAGAAGACACGACGUCCCAGCUCGUUUUAUUGGACUGGUUCAACAGUGGAAGAUUGACACGAGGCGAGACUUGGGCGUUCAAACAUUAUUCCAGCCGUAUUGAUGUGUACCACGGAGAUCGACUAUUAUUACGUGAUCAUAUGGUGCUUGAAGAUGAGGAAUACAUGCGAACCGAUGCUAUGCAGACAUCCUAUGCGGCCAAACUGUACCCAUACACAUGCUUUGCCACACUCAUUGUCGUUAGUGACGGCUCAUCGAGCUUGUAUCGAUCUAUUGAAGCGUUUCAGAAAAAAGCAGAGGCGGAACGAAUGCUUCCGGUCAAUGUACGAUCGAGGCAAGACAUAUUAUGGUCCGUGAGUCCGCUUUUGAACGGCAGAGGAAGUCUGGUGCGUGUAUCAGGCAUCACAACCGAACAAGUGAGGGAUUUCAUCAAACAUCAAGUUCUCGGUAAAGGGCUCGAGGAGAUCAUUGGUUCCGGCAUGUUCUCCAAAGUGCUUAUGUAAUAGACUGCAGCAUAUAAACAUUUUUUUUUUGUACACUACUUCAUUUAAAAGAAAAUUCAAAAACUUUAAUGAUACCACGACUUGGACUAAACCAUUGUAAUGAUACUUUUCUUGGUAACAUUUCAGAUGGCUAUUUCUCAUUUACUGUAUCAAGCCAAAAAAGGGUGAUAAGCGAAAAGAGGU